CAGCAGCUGCAGGUUGCUUCUUUGUUUCCGUCCGUGCAUUUAAACUUCCACCGGAAGUCUGCUUGUCCUCUUCUACCAGGCCGAUCCAACAUGGGACGAGUCAGGACCAAGACGGUGAAAAAGGCCGCCAGGGUCAUCAUCGAGAAAUACUACACCCGGCUGGGAAGCGACUUUCACACCAACAAGAGGGUGUGUGAGGAGAUCGCCAUCAUCCCGAGCAAGAAGCUGCGCAACAAGAUUGCCGGGUAUGUGACACAUCUGAUGAAGAGGAUCCAGAGGGGUCCAGUCAGAGGAAUCUCCAUCAAACUGCAGGAGGAGGAGAGAGAGAGGAGGGAUAACUACGUACCAGAGGUGUCUGCUCUGGACCAGGAGCUGAUUGAAGUUGAUCCCGACACCAAGGAGAUGCUGAAGCUGCUGGACUUCGGCGGUCUGUCCAACCUGCAGGUGACCCAGCCAACCAUCGGCAUGAACUUCAAGCAGCCCCGAGGAGUGUAACGUCUGUAAAGUAUCUUAAUAAUAAAAACCCAUCUGGGAUAAAAAGAC